GGAAGACCAGACGGGUUUGUGAGCGGCGGUGCCCACGUACCCUCCUUCCUCUCUUAGUCUUGAUGCUGGCAGCCAGGCGGGUGGUUAAGGGGAAAACACACUCUGUGCCUCACAUCGGAACUUCAGACUUAAGAAUUGAAGCUACUGCUCUUUGACAGUCUGUUGAUUACAUAUGAAGCUCCCGAUUUUAAAGCCGCACAACUGCAAUGAAGAAAAGGAGAAAGCUCACUGCAAAUCUAGAUGACAGGAUACGUCUUGAUCACCAGAAGGACUCUUCCAGUAAGAAUCUUGUAGCAGACUCUGUGCAGGAAGCUAGUGUCGAUUUUGCAGGAGCAGCUGCUAGAAUCCAGUGUUCCAAACCAUCUCCUCCUUCGCCAGAUCAAAGAAAACUUUUAAGUUCCCUGGAAUACAACAAAAAUCUCCUCAGAUACCUAAAUGAUGAUCGACAGAAGCAGCCCUCUUUUUGUGAUCUGCUCAUAAUUGUUGAUGGUGAAAAAUUCAGUGCCCACAAAGUAGUAGUGGCUGUUGGGAGCAGUUACUUUCAUGCUUAUUUGAGCAAAAACCCAAGCACGGAUGUUGUUAUCUUAGAUCAUGUGACUCAUUCAGUUUUCCGUCAUCUUCUUGAGUUUCUCUACACGUCGGAGCUUUUUGUAUAUACUUCUGAAAUCCCUUUAGUUUUAGAGGCAGCCAAGUUUUUGGAUAUUAUUGAUGCAGUUAAACUGUUAAAUGGUGAAAAUGUUUCUGGUUCACAAUCUGAGGAGAGAACUGAAAAUCUAUCCCCAGUAGAGGCGAUCAAUGAAGUGACUCCUAAAGUAGCAAGCAAUCACCAAUGCACAUUGUGUAAUCGCAACUUUUGUUACAAAAAAUCCUUAGAAAAUCACUUGUCCAGAGCACACAAAUCACUUGCAUGGGGAAAAGAACAUGGGCUAAAAAUGGUUGAGAAGCCAGAUAUUUCUACCAGACGAUCAACACGCAAUCGCAAGUGUCCAACUAAGUUUGUUCCGAGUGAUAAUGAAAGUGGCGAUGUAUCUGAUAGCAUUUUAGAUAAAGUCACACCUGACAAGGAAAACAAUGAGUCUGAAGAGAGUAGAAGUGAAUAUAAUACUGAUGAAGACAGGCAGGAUGAGGAUACGUCAGGUGAUGAUACAGAGUCUGAAGAGGAAAGUGAAAAAGAGGAUGAUAAAGAUAGUCCUGAGCCAGAUGGUCUGGCAGGAAAUAUUCCAGAAGGCAAUCUUUCUACAUAUAUUCCAGUCAUUAUUCAAAACAGUAACAAAAAAUGUUUGCAGUGUCCUAAGUGUGAUAAAACAUUUGAUCGAGCAGGGAAAUUUGAGAGCCACACUCGUGUGCACACUGGUGAGAAGCCUUUCGAGUGUGAUAUUUGUCAUCAGCGUUAUUCAACCAAAUCCAACUUAACUGUUCACAGAAAGAAACAUAAUAAUGAAAUCGAAUUUCACAAAAAGGAACACAAAUGUUCACAGUGUAACAAACUGCAUGCCACAAAAAAGACGCUGAUAAAGCACGUGAAGAGAUUCCAUCCUGAAAAUGCACAAGAAUUUCUCUCUAGCAAGAAAAAGAAAAGUGAGGGCUGGAAAUGUGAUAUUUGCAAUAAAUCUUUCACUCGAAGGCCUCAUCUGGAAGAACACAUGAUUCUUCAUACUCAGGAUAAGCCUUUCAAGUGUACGUAUUGUGAAGAGCACUUUAAAUCCCGCUUUGCAAGACUAAAACAUCAAGAAAAGUUCCAUCUUGGACCUUUUCCAUGUGAUAUUUGUGGCCGUCAGUUUAAUGACACUGGGAAUCUGAAACGUCAUAUUGAAUGUACGCAUGGAGGAAAGAGAAAAUGGACUUGUUUUAUUUGUGGAAAAUCAGUAAGAGAAAGAACAACUUUGAAAGAGCACUUAAGAAUCCACAGUGGAGAAAAGCCUCAUCUAUGUAGUAUUUGUGGGCAGAGUUUUCGUCAUGGAAGUUCAUACAGGCUUCAUCUACGGGUCCACCACGAUGACAAGAGGUAUGAAUGUGAAGAAUGUGGGAAAACAUUUAUUCGCCAUGACCAUCUGACAAAGCACAAAAAGAUACACUCAGGUGAAAAGGCCCAUCAGUGCGAGGAGUGUGGAAAAUGUUUUGGCCGAAGAGACCACCUCGCUGUUCAUUAUAAAAGUGUACAUCUAGGAGAAAAGGUGUGGCAAAAGUACAAAGCAACGUUUCAUCAGUGUGAAGUCUGUAAGAAAAUCUUUAAGGGAAAAUCAAGUUUGGAAAUGCAUUUUAGGAUACACUCAGGUGAGAAGCCAUACAAAUGUCAAAUUUGUAACCAGUCCUUCAGGAUUAAGAAGACAUUAACUAAGCACUUGGUUAUUCAUUCAGAUGCUCGCCCUUUUAACUGUCAAUACUGCAAUGCAACAUUUAAACGGAAGGACAAGCUGAAAUAUCAUACUGACCAUGUGCAUGGAGGAAAGUCCACAGAAGAAUCGCUAAGCCCUCUAUCAGAGGAAAAAAGCAGUUCUUUGCCACCACAGUGUGCAUCUGAUGACAAGACUUUCCAAAGCGAGUCUAAACCGUUCAUGGAACAGACCAAGGCUUAUCAAGCAGAAACCAAAACAACGCUACAAAGUGUACCCACAGAUGUGUGUGUGCCAGUAACGCUGAUACCAGUUCGAAUGCGUGAAACUCAGUCUGAUCUUGCACAGCAUACCACUCCUCUUACAUCCUCACCUCACAACCUCCUUCCUUCACAGCCCCCUCCAACAGAUUAUCAGCAAGCAACAGAUCUGGCAUUUCUAGAGAAAUAUACGCUCACCCCACAACCUGCCAACAUAGUGCAUCCAGUCAGACCUGAGCAAAUAUUGGAUCCUAGAGAACAGUCCUACCUUGGAACAUUACUGGGUCUUGAUACAGCUCCUACAGUACAGAAUAUCUCAAGUAGUGAACAUUCAUGAAAAUGAAUAAUGGAGCGUUACAUUCCACUAGUCUUACUAAUUCAUUUAGUCAUCAGAAGGCUUGCAAGCCUGUUUGUAUUUUCUUUGAGCUCUUCAGUCUUCUGAAAGCUGCUGAGCACAAGGAAAACCAAGGAUUGUGUGAUCAUUUUUUUUAAAGUGGCAGUGGAGCAUGCAACAUUUUAAUGUACAUCUUAUUUUUAAAAACAUUAUAUAGAUUUUUUGAAAAUACUUUCAAAAGGUACUAGAUUAAGGAAUUUUAAUUGCAUAUCUGAUCAUUAUGGAUAACCAUUCACUUUUGUAUGUUUCACUUUCCACAUGCACUUUUUCUUUCAUGUACAGAAAUUUUAAGGAUAAAACCCACUCACACACCCUUUUACAUGGCAGAGUUAGCUUCACCCCAAACAAAUGUCCUGUUAAUUUGUAAAAUUAGUUAUAGCUCAGUGCCAGACCGUGAAAAAGUGGAUAGACUGUAGUUCUGCUCCAUUAGUGUUGAUUGAGGUUCUGCUUUUCGCUUCAGUAGUAACAGGAUUGCACAAGUAUCAAGAUGGGAUGCACACUGGAAAUCAACAGCUUUUACGCAUAGUUUGAUUUCUUGCUUACUUAAACUAGUUUCCUUCAGUUUAUGGAGGAGCUUUGAAAAAUAUUGGCGUUUUACAUUUUUGUCCAUCUGUUGUCACUAUUCAGCUCUGUGUGCAAGCAGAGCCAAACUCUGUUUAAACAUUCAUUCCAUCUACUUGUAUUAUAUCUAAUAUAAAAUUAUUUGGCAGUUUAAUCCAGAGCAGGUUGAACAUGCAUUGGUGGGUGUAUGUGGACUAAACUCACAAGGCAGUAAGGUUGAUUGGAUUACCUGUUAAUCUUCCAGCCAUAAAUCUAAGGGUGCCCAUCACUAGAGAGAAGGGUGAAUAGGCCUUUGUCUAGCUGGGUAUGAUUCUCUGUAGAUCUUACCUGUUUAAAGGCUAUUGUGUCACACUUUCCCCUAAAGUGACAUCGGGGAUAGCCCUUGGGAUUACAAACUUCAAUUCACUGUGCACUGAGAGAAACAGAUGAAUUUAUACCCAGACUAGGAAAUAUCAUGCUAAUUUGAAUGCGAAAUUCCUUGGUUCGAACAUUUACUCCUACAGGUGUUGAAAGGAGCAACAAGGAAGCAUGUGAUGCUCACUCCUGACCAUGCCUUGGGAGGAGUAAAUAAAAACUUGUGAACAACCCCUGAGUUCAAUUUAAAAGAUGGGAUGAAAUUGAUUUGAGUUUUUUGUUGAUUGCAGUGAUAGCACUGAGAAAUACUUCAUGAAAACCUUGAAUUGCCCUCUGAUUUCACAUAUGUGCACAGAACAAGGUGAUGAUCUAAAGUCAAUCAAGAAAUAAUGUAUUCAAAGACUGCACCUGUAGAUGAUUCUUCAUGUCCUCCUUAAGAACUGUAUUGACUGUAAAACCCCAAGUAACUUAAAUGUCCUCUGAGAACUACCUCCUAACUUAAAUGCUCACAUUUUCAAAGCAAGCCUUCCCUUAUAUCUUGCUAAAUGCCUAUUCAAGAUAUAAGUAUACUUUGAGUAGUAAUAAAACAUUGAUUAUCCUGCUGCCUUAGGCAGCAUCACUGUUUGUGGGUAUCUUUUGCAUGUAAUUAAAAUCCAGGAGGAGGAACUAACUGAGCAAUCCUUAGUUGGAUGCAAAUUUCAUUGAAACCAGUGUGACUUACUUCUGAGUAAAAAUGGAAGUUCUCAGUCUGAAACUUUACUAGCCAUGAUGACAGCUGUCUGUAGACAGAACAUUUAUUACUAGGGUGAGGUCACAUAUGCACAGCUUGUUUUCUGUAGCCAGUAACAGAACUUAAUGUGUGUCUGAGACUUUGGAAGAAUACACAUUUCAAGGGAGAUGCAGAACUGGUACAGUUCUGGAUAUUGCAUUACAGUAUUUUUUAAUGAGCAAUCAAAUGUUCACAAUCUAAACAAUCAUGGCACUGAAAUCUAGCUUAGACAGUCAGUUUUUGCUUAAGCUUUUACGUUCAGAUGAUCCUUAAACAGUUGUUAUAUGUUCUUUAGUGAGCAUUAGGCCAAAACAUAAAUAGGUUGGGAGGUUAUUCAUGUUAUUUCAUGAAGCUAAAUACACCAAAGAUGCCUGCUACUAUUUGAGUACUGCUAUAAUACAUUGAACUGAAGAUGAGAUACCUAUUGAUAAGUCCAAAGAGGCACAAAUAAGUCCUGACUUCAUAGUUGUUUCAGGUUUCAUACAAAGUAGUGGUGUGGGUACACAUGAAGCAAAGCUACAAAAAAUGUUGCUGACGUGUCAUGUUGAAUAGGAAGAGGAUUACGUAUUGAGCAAAUAGAUUACUAUUUUUAUUCAUUUUGACAAUGUGGGAAAUAAACAACACACUUCAUCUUUUUCAAGGCCAAGGUGUUCAGUAGAAAGGACUGCAUGAGCUGGAAACAGUUGUUUUUUUUAAUUGCCUUUACUUAAUGUGUAUGUUUGUGUUUAUUGACAUUGAUGCUAAACUACUAUUGGCAGGACUUGUUGAUAUUAUUCUGCAGUAUAUUUAUUUAGAAAUUGAUUCAAAUGUGAAAAAUAUGUUGGCCCUUAAAUAUAUAUUUAUAUAGACUUAGGAAUCAUUAAAUUAAAAAAAAAAGACUAUGGUGAACCUAUAGAAUUUUUACAAUAUGUUUUCACAUUUUGUUAAUUAGUGUCAGAAACACUGAAUAAGGCUUUUUUUCCUAAUGGGCUUUUAGGGCCUGUCAGUCAUUUCUGUCCUACUCUGACUUUCUAGCCUGAAUCCUGUUGACUGGUCAUGUUUCUUGUAAAAUACGGGAAAUCACUGAAAUGUGAUUCACAUAUGCAGACAGAAGUGUGACAUAAAGCACCAACUGCUUUAUGUGAUUCUAUUUAUGUGAAGCAGCCUGCCACAUACCAUCAAAAAUCUGUGGGGCAAAAAAGGGGUUGCAGCAACAUAAUGAACACUGCUAGGCCUGAAUGACAAGCCCCUUCAGUGAAAUAAUAUGAACAGAGUAAAAUAGUAUGAAUAUUUUUUAAAUAAAACAUUAAAAUGAAGUUAGUUAUUGCAGAUGGGAAAUGACACUGAAUCCCACCUAACUAUGCAGUGUAGAUAUUGUAGACAAGAAAAAUCAACUAACAAAGUGCCUGCCACAUGGAACAGUUUUUCCAUGUUUGGAUUUCAGAUGGCCAUUACCUACCCAGCUGAUCAUGUUCUUUUUUCCUUUCUUGAAAAUAAAAUUUAUUCAGAAACAAGGAAUCACACAAUCUCUUGCCUUCAUUAUGUGCCCUGUUGCUUUUAUAGGAACUGAAAUAGGUCGAGCCUAAUGUAGGAGACACAGUUGUACUGGAUAACUGAGUGGGCCUGUGUGGAUGAACACCGAAAUACUAUUGAUAGAAAAAUGGUAAUAGGAGGUAAGAACCCUGGCUCUGAUGUUGAAACACAGGUAUACAGACUUAUUACAGUACAGUACAGUCCCCACCCCCACUUGACAUUUGGGCUUUGGCCAAACAAGUAGCCUUCCUCUAAAGCAGAACUCAAAUGGCUAUGAGGCUAUUUCUAUAUUACCAGCCCAAGAAUGCUGCAGUUGGGUGUUAACCCCAGAAAAACAUUUUUGUUACAAUCUUGAGUGUUUUGUCUUUAAACCAAUCUCUGCUAACCCCUUUCCUUUGUUCUUCAUUGCAUUCAUGUUCAUUCUCUCAAUUCUGUUAACCUUCCCUCCUUUUAUCAGCACCCUCCUUUCUCGACACUACAUAGCAUGUUUCCUUUCUCUUGCUUUCUCUUGCUUCUGCACUACUGGUAUGCAUUCCCCUCUGUUACCACUUCCUUAUCUUUCUCUGUUCACAGGUUUCCAUGCAACCACCCCAGCCCUCAGUUACCCUUGGUUUUGGUCAACGGCACUUUCUAGCAUCACAAAUCACUCUGUACCAAGCUAUUCCCAAUUUUCUUUCCCAUCCCACAGCUUUCUCAACAACCUCUCCUCUGCAGCACCAUAGAUUCACUUCCAUCUAUUAUUCACUUUCCCCUAUUAAUCCACUUUACAGAUCUUUAUAUUCUUACCUUCACUACCCAUUCUUCACACAUUAAUCUGCACCGCAGCUGUUGCUCCCUUUUUGUCCUUCCCUAUCCAACAGGUCUCUCCACAUCCCCAUUCUGUAGUUCCCCUCUGCCCCCCCUUACCAGUUUGCUGUUUUCACCCUACCAGGAAUUCACACGUUGAGGGAGUCUUGGGUGCAGGUGGGCAGUGCAACAUGGCUGGCUGGCAGGCAGGCAGGCAGCUCUGAAUCCAAGGAGAGGAAUAGCAAAGUAGAUGUAAUGCAGCCUCCAGCUCCAUCUUUGGGUGCUCCCACUGAGAUACUGGAAAGGACUGAAAAGAGUGCAUAUUUAGAAAUCUGCCUAAGGUCUGCAUCUAUGGGCGUGUGUGGUGUAGGAGACUAUAGCUUAUAAAUACUGGCAACCUUUAUUUAACUUUCAAAUUGUUUGACAUUUCUCUGUAACAUCUAGGUUGGUUUGUUUUUAAUGAGUGAAAUGUAAAGUAUGUUCAUUACUGUGUCUCUGACAUUUAAAAGAGUGUCUUGGUGAGGUCUGCAUACGUUUUAAAUGGGACACAUAUUUGCUUCUUUUCUUCCUAUACCCUAAAUCUGCUUACCUGUGAGUAAGGCUCAUUGAAUACACUUCUGAAUAAACACGCACAGGAUCAAGUUGUAUGUUUAUACAGAAUGGGAAAUAUGCUGUAACCUAGUGCUCUUUGUGGCUUUGAUAAAGAGUUGUCCUUUUUGUGGCUUUGAUAUGUCGCUUUGUUGUACAUAGAAAACCUAAAGUUGUUUUGCCUUAGCACUUCCUGCUGUAGAAGAGUGGAAGAGGUUUGGUUCUACAAUGAAUUGGUCUAACAGUUGUCUGUAUAUCUCUGUGUUUCAUAACUAUUGAAACCUUUGUACAAUUCCUUUUUGUGUAAAUAUAUUUUUAAGUACUUUGUAAAUUAAAUCUGGGGAACACCAGACUUGGAGCCAGUC